AUGGCCAGACGAACGACUGCUGCCGAGUACCAGGACCCUCGAGAGCCAUAUCCUCUGUCGUCCUUCUCCGCAUCGUCUGCGGGACCUAUCCUGUCAACCCCCGCAGGUCCAACCUUAAGGCACACUCGCUCUUCUGCACGCAACACUGCAGCUGAGAACGCUCUGAAUACCGCGGACACGACAGGAAUCCCCUCGAGCGGGAGUGCCACAUCCAGAAAACGCAAGGCAAGUGCGCGCCGAGGCAAGCCCCACGACGAAACCGAGCCUGUUCGACAACCGAGUCCUCCACCCAGGAAAGUAAAGCGACAACGGACAACAGCUUCAAGUGCCCCGGGGCAUUUAGAUCAGAAUACUGCUCCUGCUCCUGGAUCCCGCCAAUCUACUCGAACCCGUCUCGCCAUGUCACAGCCUGGUCCCUCAUCACAGCCAUCCGAUGACGCAUCCAGGACGCGGGGCCCCUCCUCUAAUUCGAGAAGGAAAAGUGGGAGAAGCGCUAAGACAAGCCGCCGAGAAAAGGACCCCUUGCCCGCUAGCACAGAAACCUACACCAGCCAGUCACCAUCACGGCGGCAAAAGAAGCGCUCUCCUAAGCUCAGCCCAGAUUUACCGAUGAAGGAUAUUGACGAUCCUGCGAGCGAACAGGAGCCUCCGAAGGAAGAGGGCGAUGAACACUCCUCUCCGCCCAGCGAGAGCAACGAUGGCACUCAUACACCUGGGUUGUUAGAUGACGAUGAGGGUGAUCCGUUCCAGAGUAGCCUAUUUGGGUCCCGCACUCCUUUGGGUUUGCAGAAUACCCUCAGAGCUCUUACAGGCAUGAUGUCCGGCAUGUCGUCACGACUGCGGGAGAUGUUGAGUCAACUGAGAAUGAAGGAAGACCCCUCCAUACAGCUGAUUGCCUUGCAAGAACUUUCCGAUUUGCUACUCGUAUCAAAUGAAGACAACUUGUCUGGCCAAUUCUCGCCAGAUUCGUUUGUUAAAGAGCUCGUCACAUUGAUGCAGCCAAGUGAAUUUGGGGAGGAGAACCCCGAGAUUAUGCUUUUAGCCUGCAGGUGCCUCGCCAACAUGAUGGAAGCUCUACGAGGAUCCGUGACGAACGUUGUCUAUGGGGGCGCGGUGCCAAUAUUAUGCCAAAAACUACUUGAUAUCCAAUUCAUCGACUUAGCUGAACAGGCCCUGAGCACACUGGCAAAGAUAUCCGAAGAGUUUCCAGCAUCAAUCGUACGCGAAGGUGGACUAACUGCCUGCCUGACUUACUUGGAUUUCUUUCCAACGAGCACCCAACGAACUGCUGUUACAACGGCGGCAAAUUGCUGUCGCAGUCUUCCUGGUGAUUCAUUCCCCGUUGUCAGAGACGUGAUGCCAACUUUGUUGAAUGUCUUGUCAAGCAACGAUCAGAGAGUGGUGGAACAAGCUUGUCUUUGCGUGUCUCGAAUUGUGGAAAGUUUCAAACACAAACCUGAAAAGUUGGAAGAACUUAUCGAACCGUCUAUGCUCAAGGCUAUUCUUCGGCUUUUGUUACCCGGCACGACAAAUUUGAUCGGGCCCCAUAUUCAUACUCAGUUCCUGCGGGUUCUAGGAAUUGUCGCCCAGGCUAGCCCUCGCCUUUCCGUCGAAUUGCUGCGUAUGGACGUUGUGGAUACUCUUUACCAGAUACUUACAGGGGUUUCUGCGCCGCGCGAGGUCGAUGGCGCUGGUAUAAAAAUUGAUAACGUUGUUAUUAUGCAAGCAUUGGUACAUCGCCCCCGUGACCAAGUUUUUGAGACACUUGGCGUCAUAUGCGAAUUACUUCCAGGCACACACCAUCUUCACGGUGCACUCUCCCGGUUUGAGAACUCUUUGACUAUUAGUCUGCAGACUCGAUUCGCCCCAAUGCGCUCCUCAUCCAAGUUAAAGGAAUUGGCUGAGAUUAGACGCGCAUCUCUUGCGGACUGCAAGCCUGAACUGAAACGGUUCGCCAUGGUGCUUCUGCCAACUCUAACCGAUGCCUACUCGAGUACUGUGAAUCUAGGAGUCCGGCAAAAGGUUCUAUUAGCACAACUCAAAAUGCUUCAGGAAAUUGAUGCAGAUGUGAUUCAGGACGCCCUUCGAACAGUGCCUUACGCGUCAUUCCUGGCGGGAAUACUUUCGCAAAAAGAUCAUCCAUUGUUGGUGUCAUAUGCCUUGAAGUGUGCGCAAUUACUCUUUGAACGAUUGCAGGAUAUAUAUCGAUACCAGUUCCAUCGAGAAGGCGUGAUAUCCGAGAUUGGCGUCUUGGCUGCGAAAAGUCUAUCCACUGAAAAGGAAACAGCGGCCAAAGCGCCAGACGAUAUUAGUGGCCAUGACACAGAUCAACCUGACUCGCGAGCCACUAUCGUCAAUGCCGCCCGAGCUUUCCUUCAAGCGUAUGAGCAGGCUGAGGGCGCAGGAGCAAUGGCAGACAAGGCAAGUAGUAUUCUCAAAGACCUACAGAUUUUGGCUACCUCUAUCAAGUCUGCCUAUGUGGAAGGCCAAUCAACGGCUCUGGUGGCCCUCUUCGAGAGUCUGGUAGCAUACUUUGACGGAGACGCCCUAGAGAGCAUCACCAGCGCUGAGCUGCUUAAAUCGGGCAUUAUCGAUGUACUCGUCGAAAUCCUCGGUGCCACCGGCUCGUCUCGCGAAGCGCGUGCCCGCUUUCUAAAGGCUUUCAUGGGUACGACUACAUCUCAAACGACACUUGGCAGGCAAACAUCGUCCUCAACUCCCUUGAGCAAAUUAAUCCAGAAACUUCACGAUCUCCUCAGCAGAACAGAACAUUUUGAAGUCAUCACUGUUGGCCACAAUUCUCUUGAGAUGACGCGCAGCAAUGCAACGUAUAUGCUCGGCAAACAAGUCCGUCUGAAGUUGGUUGCUGACGAGGGCUCUAAUAUUCCUCGACCGUACAAGAACAUCAUGGUUGCAAUUCAUGCAAUCGCUACCUUCAAGUCCCUAGACGAUUUCUUGCGCCCUCGAAUCAGCCUUUCUGAACGUCCACGGCCAUCACGCAACCUCGAUUUUCUGUCACAACUUGCCAAUGCAGACCGACUACGGGAUUCUCCCAAUCCUAGUCAGAGCUCGACUGAAAACGAUUCUCAGCUGCCUCCGAAUCCUGCCAGUCACCGGGGCCCUGCUAAGAACGCCCCCUCCACACCACACUCACCAGUUGAUGGACGAGACCGCAGACAAACCCAUCGGUCAAGUAGAAACCAGCCGUCUAAUCUAGAAGAUGACGAGGCCAACGAUAACCGUCCUUUGGAAUGUGCAGACGAGAAACAAUUGAGUGACGAGGAUGACGAUGAAGACAUAGGCGAUGACGAAGACGACGAGCUCAACGCUAUUGUGGAUGACUUAGAAGACGAGCUUUCUGACGAUCCUGGACCAGAGCCGACUGCCGUCAAUAUGGAGAUUGCGGCGACUGGAAAGGUUACUGCUCGUAAGGAAGAUGGAACACGCGUUGCAACUCCAUCUCAGUCACAGACUCUUGGUCGGGGCUCCUCUAAUACUCCAAGCACAGAACUUGCUGCCACGGGUAGCAAUUCCUUAGCGAUGGCAGGCCGUCCUUUCUCGUCUUACGCUGCUGCUGUUGCAGCGAUCCCGCAAGAUUGGCAUAUUCAGUUCAGCAUCGAUGGAGAACCAAUCACAACUGAUACAACAAUUUAUCGUGCUGUCCACCACAGUCGAGAGCAUACCGAAGAUGAGGGUCGCAAUAUCUGGACUGCGGAGCACACAGUGCACUUCAAACGGGUGCCGGGACCUCCGCCCCCGGAACCAUCGUCUCUUGCUUCUGCGUUCCGCAACACAGAAGCCAUAGAUGAGAAGACCGGUCUUCCUAAAUCGCUAAGCAAGGACCCUACUGCGGUAUCGAUCUUGCAGCUUUUGCGGGUACUACAUGAGAUAAACAUUCACCUUGAUGACCUCCGCGCCGAGAGCAAGGAAUUAACAGCAGUCAGUGCAGAACCACUGGCGCAAUUCAUCAACACAAAGUUGACUGCCAAGAUGAACCGGCAAUUGGAAGAACCAUUGAUUGUAGCCAGCAGCUGUUUGCCCCGUUGGAGUGAAGAUCUGGCUCGUGAAUUUCCGUUUCUGUUUCCUUUUGAAACGCGCCAUCUCUUCCUUCAAUCCACAGCCUUUGGUUACUCGCGGUCGAUGAUGCGCUGGCAAAACUCGCAGCCUGAAGACGGCCGGCGCGACCACCGUCGUGAUGACCGUCCAUUCCUUGGCCGGCUUCAGCGCCAAAAGGUCCGGAUCUCUCGUUCCCGUAUUCUGGAGUCGGCAAUGAAAGUCAUGGAACUGUAUGGGUCGUCUGCUAGCAUUCUCGAAGUUGAAUAUUUUGAGGAGGUUGGCACUGGUUUAGGACCGACAUUAGAAUUUUAUUCGACUGUCUCAAGGGAAUUUUCAAAGAAGAAAUUGAAGAUUUGGCGAGAGAAUGAAUCCAGUGGCACGAGCGAGUACGCCUUUGGCAAACACGGGUUAUUCCCAUCACCCAUGAGCGAACAACAGGCCGAAUCCGAAAUGGGCAAGAAACAACUUCACCUUUUCAAGUCACUUGGCAAAUUUGUCGCGCGUUCUAUGCUGGAUUCGCGUAUUAUUGACAUCAACUUCAACCCCACGUUUUUCCGCACUGGCUCGAGUGGUUUUACUCCAUCUUUAGGCUCGGCAAAGACGGUGGAUCAGGAUCUUGCCAACUCUUUGCUUUUAGUCAAGCGAUUCGCGAGUGCUAAGAAGCAAAUUGUCGACAAUAUUUCCCUCUCAGCUGAUCAGAAGCUAAAAGCCAUUCAAGAGAUAGAGAUCGAUGGGGUUCAAGUUGACGAUCUCGGCCUUGACUUUACGUUGCCUGGAUAUCCUGCCAUCGAACUGGUUGCAAAUGGCUCCAAUAUAAAUUUGACCAUUGACAAUGUCGACUUGUACUUAGAUCGAGUGAUCGACCUCACACUGGGCAGUGGCGUACAGCGACAGAUCGAGGCUUUCCGUUCUGGGUUCUCGCAGGUGUUCCCAUACUCGGCACUGCGAGCUUUUACACCCAAUGAGCUUGUUAUGCUGUUUGGACAAAUUGAAGAAGACUGGUCGAUGGAAACACUGAUGGAUUCCAUCAAAGCGGACCAUGGCUUCAACAUGGAUAGCAAGGGCGUGCGAAACUUAUUACAAACGAUGAGUGGAUUGGACGCUCAACAGCGACGAGACUUUCUACAAUUUGUCACCGGAAGCCCCAAGCUCCCCAUUGGAGGCUUCAAGAGUCUCACUCCCAUGUUUACAGUGGUGUGCCGCCCCAGCGAGCCUCCAUAUACACCAGACGACUACCUGCCCAGUGUCAUGACAUGUGUGAACUAUCUCAAGCUGCCCGACUACAGCAGCCCAGAGGCGCUUCGAGAACGCCUUCUCGUCGCCAUUCGAGAAGGACAAGGAGCAUUCCACUUGUCAUGA